AUGGAGAGUGAUUCAUAUGACUAUCUGAUAAAAAUUGUUCUUGUUGGUCCCUCAGGAACGGGUAAAUCCUGUCUCUUAAAAAGAUUUGUGGACAACGAAUGGUGCGACAAUAUUCGACACACUGUAGGCAUUGAUUUUGCUAGCAAGGUCUUGAAGAUCGGCUCGGAAUCUCAGUGCAAGCGUAUUAAAUUGCAACUUUGGGAUACGGCCGGUCAAGAAAAGUUCAGAAGUGUCGCCCGAAGCUACUACAAAGGUGCUGCCGGUGCCAUUCUUGUUUAUGAUACUACAAGCAAGCAGUCAUUCGAAGAACUUUCCUCGUGGCUUUCCGACAUUCGUGCAAUGGCUCCAUUAACACUGUGCGUUGUGCUAGCCGGAACCAAGUCUGACCUACAAGACAUGCGAGUCGUCAGUACAGAAGAAGCGGCAGAGUUUUGUGCGGCAAAACAGAUUUCCAGUGCUCACGAAACAAGUGCUUUCAAGGGCGACAACGUGGAAGAAUGCUUUCUUUCGCUCGUGUCUACCAUUCUCACACGGAUCGAGCUGGGAGAAAUCGACCCACAGGAUCAAUCUCUUGGAAUUCAAUACGGUAAUCUAAGCGUCCUUAACCAGCAAGCAUUGAGCACACGCUCAAACUGGUGGAAUACUAUUUCGAAUUGGGACGACCUUGUCCACCUUGAACGACAGACACGCAGCAAAUGCUGCUGA